UAAAAAAGCCGGACCUCCCUCUCCAGCACCGGUGAAAACUUGGUCAAAAAAUAAAGCGCCGGGGAAAAGGGUCAAAGCGAAGGAAGAAGAGCACACGCGGCGGCGCCGCUCCCUCCGCUUCUCCGCACGCCCCACGUCGAGAUGAGCCUCUCCCACCACCGCCUCCUCCCGGCCGCCGCGCCGCCUUUGGGGGACCCCUACUACGUGUACGCGCCGCACCCGCACUCGGACCCGCAGCGGCAGGGCGUCGUCACGCUCUUCGUCGCCGGCCUCCCCGACGACGUCAAGCCCCGCGAGAUCCACAACCUCUUCUCCCGCCGCCCCGGCUUCGACCAGUGCCUCCUCGAGUACACCGGCCGCGGCAACCAGGCUGUUGCCUUCGUGUCAUUCUUCACUCAUCAAGCGGCCUUGUCAACAAUGCUCGCGUUAAAUGGAACUGUUUUUGAUCCCGAGAAUGGUGAUUGUUUGCACAUUGAGCUAGCGAAGUCAAAUUCACGCAGACGUCAUGGAGGUGGUGGUGAUGUCUACAGGGUUAUUGACAAACGAGUAAAUAGAAGAGAGGUAAAUGCUGACAAUGAGCACAUUGGUGAUGAUGAUGUAUCAGGGGAGGAUGAAGGCGAGGGCAAAUAUGGAGAGGGUGGAUCUGAUGAGCCAUCAGACACAGAAAAUGAUAAUUCCAGUGACAAGAAUGAGUUACCGGCGGAUCAAAGUGGUGAACCAGGGAUCAAACAGAAGAAGAGGCAAUCUCCUUCAAAUUCCAUACAGGAUCAACCAGACAAGUCUUCAGUUGAUAUUCCACCUUGUUCUACUUUAUUUAUUGAAAAUUUGGGACAAACAUGCACGGAGGAAGAGCUAGAGGAAGUUUUUUCGAAGCAACCUGGAUUUCAUGUGCUUAAAAUGCGUCGCCGUGGUGGAAUGCCUGCAGCUUUUGCUGAUUUUACGGAUAUUGAAUCCUCUACUGCGGCUAUGAAUAACCUCCAAGGAACCAUUUUGUCUUCUUCCGAUAGUGAUGGUUUGCGUAUCGAGUACGCAAGGUCGAAGAUGAGGAAGAGCUAGCUGACAAUAGCUGUCGUUCUCGGAUUUUAUAUCAUUUGGAGGAUCCCUGCACAUGUAAUUGCCUGUCCUGUAGCAUCUGGAGUUUGUAGUAUUCUUUACCAAAGCAUGUGAACCAGGAUCUGUGCAUUUGUCCUGUGCCAGAGGUUUUGGAUUAUUUUUUACCCAUCCUUUAGGAACCUUCUGUAUCGGGGCUUCAGCAGAAAAGUAAACAACUCUAUUUGGCAUAAUCGAUCGGAUCGUACAUGUUCA